AUGCUUUGGAGUCCUACAACCGACGAAUUGAGUUUCUCCACUCAGAUGAACGACGAGAUGCAAAUACUGAUCCGUACAGAUACACGUCCAACGAAAAGGCAGGUGUUACGAUGCGUAAUGACCUUAUUCGAUCCUUUGGGACUACUUUCGCCGUUUAUCAUUCACGGCAAAGUUCUGAUCCAGGACCUGUGGCGAGAAGGUACGGACUGGGAUGAGAAGGUCAGCGACGCAGUUUACGUAAAAUGGCAGAGGUGGAUACAAAUGAUCGAGUAUAUUUCCGAUAUCCGCAUCCCAAGAUGCUACUUCAGUGGUGCUACUCGGAUGACAUAUAAGAAUUCCGAAAUACACGUGUUUGUGGACGCUAGCGAAGCGGCCUAUUCCUGUGCGGUUUAUUUGCGCACGUUCAACGAAGAGGAGAAUCCGCAGUGCUGUCUGAUCGCCGCCAAAUCGAAGGUAGCGCCUCUGAAACCCUGGUCUAUUCCCAGACUGGAAUUACAGGCAUGUGUUCUAGGCACACGAUGGGCGAAAUUUGUUGUAGGCCAUCUCGACGUUCCCGUAACCAAGGUCACGUAUUGGACAGACUCCAGAACCGCACUGGCCUGGAUCAAAUCAGAUCCUCGGAAUUAUCGACAAUUCGUUUCCUUCCGAGUAGGCGAAAUUCUGGAACAGACAACAGCGACUCAAUGGAAGUGGGUACCAUCGAAAUCCAAUCCUGCGGACGAAGCGACGAAAUGGGGAAGUGGUCCGUACUUCAACCAAGACAGCAAAUGGUUCCGAGGACCCAAUUUUCUGUGGCUAGCGGAAGAAGAGUGGCCCCGUGUUACAGAGCCAGUGGUGGAUACUUCAGAAGAAAUGCGAGCGUCGAUUCUUCAUCACUGUACGAUAGAGACAACCAUAGAUUUCCACCGGUUCUCUACCUGGGAGAGACUGCAACAUGCCACAGCAUAUGUCUUGCGAUUCCUGAACAACGCAUCCAAGAAGCAGCCGAAAUACUCCGGAUCACUACAACAGGCAGAACUGCAUGCUGCCGAAGAAAUCAUCAUCAAAUUAACUCAACGUGAAGCUUACACAGAUGAAGUUGCUGCGCUGUCGAAUAAAGUUCUGAAUAAAUCGGGACAGGAGGUCAUCGGGAAGAACAGUUCCAUAUACAACCUUAUGCCGUUCCUGGACGAUCGUGGCCUGCUACGCGAGCGUGGCAGAAUUGAGGCAGCUGAAAGAGUACCACAUGAAGUGCGACAUCCACUGAUCCUUCCGAGGAAACAUCACGUCACUGAACUCCUGGUAAACAGAUAUCAUCGUCGUUACAGACACGGAAACGCUGAAACUGUAGUGAAUGAGUUACGUCAGCUUUACACGAUUCCACGAAAGUAG